AUGAUAUCUGACAAGUGCACAUCACAUACUUCUGAUAUCAUAAGAGAGUUAUAUACAGAGAAGGGAAUUAAGCAUAUUUCUAUCCCCAGCAAUUGCACAAAAUAUAUUCAGCCAUUGGACGUUAGCAUUUUCAGAAGUUUUAAAGCAAAACUUGAUCAGCUGAAGUCAGAAUAUAUUGAAAGCAAUUUAAAUGAACGUACUAAAGCAGGGAAUAUUAAAAACCCAACAAGACAGAAUGCAAUAAAUUGGAUUUCUAUAGCUUUUGAAGAUAUUUCAAGCGAAAUAAUAGAAAUCAAGAAGAAUCAGUCGCAUUUGAUCAUUGUCCUAAAUUUAAGGGUAAAUUUAAUCUUUAAAAGUUAA